AUGUGCCAAGUAGGGUGGCCCGGUCAAUGCCGUCAAUGAUCCCCUCCCCAUCUGAAACAGGGACUGAGAGAUGGGAGCAUACACUCACGCCCCCACCCCUUCGAUAUGAUCAGCCAGUGAGACCCGAUACAGACAUGCUGAUGCCGUUGGAAGCGCCCGGUUGCUCCCACACACCCUUUCUUAGCGACGCUAGGCUCGCUGUGUCGGAUCUUGCAGCGCGGGACCUCGCAUAAGAAGAGGUGGAGGGUGUGGUCGUGGUGGAUCUGGUCUACGUACCGUAAGGAGACGAUGCCCGUGGAGGGAAGACGCUGGAUCUGACAAGGCACGCUUGUAGUAUCGCGUACGGAUACCGACAUGGGGACCAGUUGAUAACCGGGGUCCAGCCACGAU